AUGACCGACGCCGGGGUCGAUAAGGUCAUGGACAGACUGCGCACCCUCGAGAACCUGGUCAAGGAGCUGAGCAGCCAGCUGGAGCAGGCACAUGCUGCCGCUAGUUCCGCUAACGGUGAUUCAUCUGAAGUCAACUCCCCUGGCAGCUCUUCCCUUGCAGAACAUCAGGGUCAACCGUUGUCAGGCAUGGAAGACAGCAGCAUGAACAAUCAGUUUGGUCGGCUGGUGCUUCAGGAUGCCAGUCGCAGCCGCUAUGUGGCCAGCGGCUUCUGGUCUCGAGUCGAUGACGAGCUCCACGGUCUGAAGAUGGACACCUGCGGUCUAGAAGGAGACGAGUCUGACAGCUCAGAGGACGACGCAUCGCCUGGUCCGACGUCGUUCACACAGGAAAUCGCGCGAACACCUUCGGGACGCCAUGCAUUCCUAUUUCAACAUAAUUUGAGUCCUUCGGGCCCGGACCUGCGCGACUUCCAACCUCUGCCAUCGCAGGUGCCAUUCAUCUUAGAUGUGUUUUCUGAGAACGUGAACUUCUUCUACCACAUUGUUCAUAUGCCAUCUAUUACCAAGAUGGUCCGCGAUUUGCGCGGAAGUGGCACGACGCACCUCACACCGUCCAAUAAAGCUCUGAUGUUUUCUAUUUACUACGCCGCUAUAAUCUCGAUGGACGAGGAUGAUAUAAUGACCAAUUUUGGCUCCUCUAAAUCGGAUCUCAGCCUCAAGUAUCGCCUCGGCCUGGAGCAUGCUCUUGCGCAAGCCGAUUUCCUCAACUCGCCUGAUAUUGUUCUCGUCCAGGCACUCGCCAUCUUUCUCUUCCUCGCGCGCCGGCACGACAGUCCCAGGUUUGUAUAUAUGAUGACCGGACUCGCUAUAAGGAUGGCGCAAUAUCUCGGACUGCAACGAGAUGGGGACAAUUUUAAGCAUCUCACGCCUUUUGAAAUCGAUAUGCGCCGAAGGGUCUGGUGGGCCGUGGUCGUGCUGGAUUUGCGUUCAGCGGAGGACCAAGGGACAGAUAUGACCAUUCCCAACGGCAGCUUCGACACGAAGAUGCCCUUGAAUAUCAACGACGUUGAUAUUGAUCCCGAGUCGGAACAGAUGCCCGCAGAGCGCCAUGGCCUGACUGAUCGGUCAUUUACACGCACCUUUAUUGAGAUAAAUAAUAUCAUGAGGCAGAUGACGGCCACUGCGGUGCUCGGCAACACUAGUGCGGCGAGCUUGGAAGACCAAAGCCGUUUACUGAACGAUAUCUACGAACGAUUUGAACAGGAGUACCUCCAGUACUCGCCAGAAUCAGGCAAUAUCGCUUACUGGGUCGCAGUCACCAUCGUGCGGUUGGUAAUGGCGAAGAUGACACUGAUCGUCUUUCUUCCUGUCCUCUUCUCUUCCCCGAGCGAACACGUCUCAGAAGAGAUCAGGACAAAAUUACUGAUUGCAGCAAUCGAGGUGGCAGAGUAUAAUCACAUGCUUAAUGCCGAAGAAGCGGCUCGGCAAUGGCGCUGGAUCUACCAGGUUUAUACCCACUGGCAUGCCAUCGUAUAUCUCCUGAUGGAGACUUGCCGGCGCCCUUGGUCGCCUAUCAUUGAAAGAGCCUGGGUCGCACUCCAUAGCACGUGGUUAAUUCCAGCCCAGCCGCCGGAUAAGAACCUGCGCAUAUGGGUUCCGUUGCGAAAGUUGAUGACGCAAGCCGGCAAGCAUCGUGACGCCGAAGUCACACGUCUGCGCGCCGAUCCACAGGCCGCUGAGAGGCUGGAGAUGGAGGAUCGAAACUUCCCAGUCCCUUCAAGCUCUGGUCCCUUUCCGGACGGCUCCAGUAACGAUACCUUCCGCGGGCGCUGGCGUCAACUCGUUGAGAUAGCCGAAGGCACAACGAUAUCUGGUGGGACUGACACCGGGCGUCCUGGUCCGGCUCUGGAUGCGCCCUACACGAGUCGGGCAAUGGAAACCUCCGUCCCGGUGUUCGACUCGGGUGAGGUCAGGUCCGAUGCGACCUUCGAGCAGACGCUUUUCGAUAUGAAUGAACAGCAGGCUGCACAGACAAUACCAGACUCGGCGAUCAAGACAGGAGCAUUUAGCGGGACACCCGGACAAACUACCAGCCCAGCGUACCGUUCAACGUCCACGUUCCCAACGGACUGGUCAGAUAGCCAAACCAUGGUGACAGGUUUCGUCCCAUGGCUAUGGGCUGACUCUAACCCCCCUGCCGCCGAUUUUGACGCGAACAUGGACAUGGACUCUGAGGUGAACUGGUAUACUUGGAUCGAGUCCCUCAAGGGCAUGGAGUCCGGCUCGGGCCAUCAGGGGUGUGAGAAAUGGUUUCAGCACUAA